GAAACAUUAUUUGAAGAAUGAAAAAACGUAUAUUAUAUUUUAAGUUUAUUAUAUAUUAUCACACAUUUAUAUCUUUUAACUUCUUAAUUUUUUUAAUAUAUAAUAAUAAUAAUAAUAAUAAUAAUAAUAAUAAUAAUAAUAAUAAUAAUAAUAAUGAUUACAAGAAAUGUUGCAACUGCAAUGAAUUAGUUUUAUGAUUAUAUUUAACCUAAAAUUUAAGAAAAGUAAAAGAAAAUGCUAUAUUUUUUAAAUUACGUUUAUUAACAGAUCAAAAUUAAAAUGUUACAUCCAACUGGAACAUUAUCACCACAAGAUAUUUUGGCAGAAGUUAGAAAAUUUAUUUCUGGAGCAGUUCGCCCAACUCAUAGCACAAGCACACUUGAUGUAACGCGAACAGCUUUAUCUUUACUUCGAAAUGUACCUGCUGCAAGAGAUGCAGUACUUGAAUAUUUUUGCAACGUGUUUUUUGUUGCAGUUACCAAAUAUGUUCGCCAAAUCGAAACAAAUCAAAAUUUAGCAAUAUGUGAAGAAACUAUAAUAGCAGAAAUUCACAAUGUUUUAAGUAGCUUUAUUAAUGGAAAUCCAGAAGCUUGGGCACCAAUUAUUUCAGCAUGGUCAUUAGAAUUAUUAGGUAAACUUUCUUCAGAUUAUGCAAAACGUGGAAAUUUACCUGUGAAUGCUGGAAUUAAUGAUUUUCUUCAACAAUGGAUGUCUUGUUGUGCCACACGUACUCUGAUUGAUAUCACAGCACAAUGUCUUCAAUGUCUUAUGCAUUCAGAUACAGAAUCCUGUAUUAAAGCACUAUUAGAUACUAGUGUAUUACAUAGCCCUCAUUUUGAUUGGGUAGUAGCUCAUGUUGGAAGUUGUUUUCCAAAUACAGUUAUUACCAGAGUAUUAUCAUGUGGCCUAAAAGAUUUUUGUGCAAUAGGACAUGAACAUAAUGUUAAAAAUCCUAAAUUGAAUUCAGUAGUUGGAAUUUUGGGACAUUUGGCUGGUAGUCAUUUUCAAGAUAUUACAAGAGCUUUAUUAGAUUUAUUCAAAUGGAGCUUAGAAGAAGAUGUAAAUAUUGAUGAGGAUACAAAGAAUCAAAAAUUGGCUACUGUUCCAUUUCUUCUAAAUCUAGCAUCUCUUUCACAAACUCUUUUAAAAGCAAUAACAAAUGAUAUAUUACAAACAUUAAAACCAGAUAUAAUUCCACAAUUAGCAUUAUUUGCAUUAGAUUGGUGUAAAUACUUUGAUAAUCAACCAGAAGCUUUGAUAGAUUUAACUGUUCAUUUGAUAUUAGGAUGCGAACAAGGAGCAUCUCAGAUAAUAAAUAUUUUACUAGAUACUAGUUUAAAUACAAGCAAUGUUGGGUAUCAUAGCAUUAAUGCUGCUCAAAGUGUAAAAAACGUAUGUUCUGAAAUAUUAGAAUUAGUAUUACAAGAAAUUGAUUUACGUUUGAGAACACAUGGACCACAAUGUGCAAAUAUUUCCUUAUUAAAUUCUAUGAAACAAGAAUUGCCAGUAAUAUUACCAUUAUUACUAAAUCAAAAUUCAUUACGUGUUCAAACUGCUGUGCGAUUGCUAUGUUUUCUUGGAAGUCAAAGUCCUAAUAUUUUAAUAUCUGCAGCAUCAUAUAUGUUAAUCAAAGCUAUAACUACUUUUCAUCUUGCGGCUUUGAUACGGUUAGUUUCUAAUAAUAUCAUACUAUUUUCCUCUAAUAAAUCUGAAACAGAGAAUGUAUUAGCUAGUUAUAGCUAUUUUACACAAGUUGUAGAACAAGCACUUCGAGAAAUAAAUUACAAAAAUGUUAUAGAGAAACAAGAAACAAGACAACUCUUUCAAAAUCUUACAAUAUUGCUAAAAUGGGAAAAAUCUAAUAAGGUAGUAGUAUUUCGAUCAAAAAUGAUAACUCACGCUAUAAAAUCCAAUUUACACCAAAUUUCCACUCUAUUAACUAAAACAAUGGAUUUCAAUUUAGCUAAUGAUAUUGCUAAAAUGUUAGAUUUAUUUAGUAUGUCUGAAAAAGAUAAUUUUAUGCCAAAUGUAGAACUUACUUUAAAAUUAACAAGAGCUAUAAUUCAAUAUUUUUUUUUAUGUAUAGCAGAAAAUGAUAUUACAAAAAAACAGCAGGGUAUGAAAAUCAUUUGUCAUUUAUUAAAAGAUUUAACUUUUUAUUCAUCUUGUGCCCGAGUUUUAGCUUUAAGAGAAAUUUUGGGACAUAGUAUCAAUAAUGAUCCUGCAAAAUAUUUUGGAGCAAAAGAAAAAUUUGAACAAAAAUUUGAGGAAAUAUUACUUUUACAUCAAAAUCAUAAACAGGUUACAAGUACGAUGUUAGCUCAAAAACAUUCUUCGGUAUUUCACGCUGGCGUCAUUGGACAUGGUCCUAGAAGACCACCACCAGAAAAUACAAUUGAUAAAGAAAUUAUUGCUUUAAAUAAAAUAUUGCUGAUUGAUGUAAUAAAGGCUUGUUGUAGCAAUCGUGAAUCGGAACGAUAUCCUGUGAACUUAGAUGCUUUAACAAUGGUCAGUUUAUUAUUAGUUGAAUUAGUUUCACCUGAUGUUAUGUAUAAUGGACUACCAUGGCCUGAUGAAGAAUUUACAAAGGUUACUAUAGAAAGAGAUUUACAAAUCCGUCGAACAUUUAAAGAUGUACCAUUAUUAUGGACAUUGUUAGAAUUAACAGCUUGGUACAGACCAGCUUUAGCUUAUUGUUCAGUUUUGUUGAGAGGUAUUGCUGCCACAGUUAUAGCCAACUGGAAUAUCGAAGAAGGUACUUUACUCGUAAGUGUUAUGGCACUUGGUCAAUUAUUACCACCUCCAUUGGCAAGUAUAAGAGAUAUUUUACCAAUUUUAGAACCGCAUCAGAUAAAUACUAUAAUGAAAGAAUGUGUAUGGGCUUAUAUGCGUGAAAAUGUUCCAUCACCAGCUCUUUUUACGCGCAGCGAAGGAGCUAAUAUUGCUUGGAGAGAUACAGAUACUUCUACUCCAAAUUUACGAUUUACAGAAACACUCCGUUUAGUUUUGUUAGCCAAUAUCCAUAUAUUGGGUCCACUUUAUGCUGCCCUCUUUUAUAAUGAAAAUAAAUAAUUGUACUUUUUACAAUAUAUACAUAAUCUUGUGGAUAGAAUGACAAAAAUUUAACAAAUUAAUUGUUAAAUUGUAUUAAAAAAGUUUUUAAAUAUUAAUAUAUUUUUUAAAUGUCCACACAUUUUUAUAAUAUUUUUAGAUUAUUUUAUUAAAUUACUAUAGAACAUCUUCAAUUAAUAUUGCAUUAAUUCUUUAUUUAAAAUGAUUUUGGAUUAAUACUUAAACAUGGGUUUUUCAUUUACUAUUCUGGACAAUAAAUAUAUUUUCAGUCAUGUUUUAAUAACAAUUCUACAUAUAAAAUAAAAGAUAUCAUUUAUAUUAUAUAAAAUAGGAGUUAAGUGUACUAAUUUUUGAAUAUAACUAAGUAAUAUACAAUAUAAUACGAUAUACAAAUACAAUGCACAUAAUUUAUAAAUAAUUUCCACCAUUUUUAUCUAUUUAUGUCAAAUGAAUUAUUUUCAUUUUCUUAAAUAUAAUUUGCUACUUUCAAACGCUAAAAACAAAUUAAUAUAAAUUGGAGCAAGAAGGGAAACAAGACAAAUAACAAGCUUUACUUUUUAUAAAAGCAUAUUCACUUAAAUACAUAAGAAACAAAUAUUACUUUACUUUUAUUAUUAUUAAUAUAGGAAUGAUAUUUAUGAUGAGCGAACAUUGUACGAAUUAGUUGAUUGUACGAAUACCCUAGGUGGGUGUCUCGUCCUGACGAAAUGAUUAUACAUUAUGCAAUGAUUCGAUUCGCAUAAACGUCACGAUCUUAAUCGCGCGUUUUGAGAGUCUUUUAUAUGACUCCGUAUUACUCGGAGUAUAAAACACUAGUAAAAAAAAAAA